AAAGCGGCUAUUCGUGCACUCCCGGGAAAUGGAACCCCGAUUUUAGUUUAGCGGCAUGAGAACUGUGCGUCUGAGCUAGUGAGGGUAGUCAGCCAUGGCAGUUGGGUUAGUUGUGUCCACAGCCUUCGCAUCGGCAACUCCAAAACCAAGUCCCUUUUGGUAUCAAUCUUCUGCAGAAAAGAGACCGUGGCGCAAGAAACAGGGAGGAAAUAUUAAUCGACAUGGUACUUAUGCAGAUUGUGCUUCACAGAUACAGGGCUUCACUAGGAAAAAAUUGCCUUUUGCUGCUGAAAGGCUUUUCCUUGAUAUGAAAUCUGAAGGUUUUAUACCUGAUAACUCUACCUUGUCAGCACUGAUGCUAUGCUAUGCCGGUAAUGGUUUAUUUGCCAAAGCAUUAGCUGCUUGGGAUGAAAUUUUAAUCAGUUCAUUUCUGCCAGAUGUUCGUGUAAUUGUAGAACUGAUUAAUAUCUGUGGCUGCAAUGGAUAUAUCGACGUCGCUGUUAGAAUAUUGCAUCAAAUUCAGUUGAAAGAUUCCGACCUGCUUCCUGAUAUUUAUGCUCGGGUUAUCUCUCGUUUUGGAAAGAGAGGACAGCUUGAGUUGAUGGAAAUUAUGUUGGAACAGAUGGUUUCCAUGGGGUUCCCUGUUGAUUCUGCUACCGGAAAUGCUUAUGUAAUAUACUACAGCAAUUUUGGUACGCUGAGUGACAUGGAAGUUGCAUAUGGCCGUCUUAAGAUGUCAAGAAUUCUUAUAGAGGAAGAGGCGAUCAGGUCAAUCUCCUUGGCUUAUCUGAAGAGAGAGAAGUUUUAUAGUUUAGGUCAGUUUGUAAGAGAUGUGGGCCUUUGUCGGAGAAAUGUGGGAAAUCUCCUAUGGAACCUGUUACUUCUUUCUUAUGCUGCCAACUUCAAAAUGAAAAGUUUGCAGAGAGAAUUUGUGAGAAUGGUAGAAAGUGGAUUUUUUCCUGAUCUUACUACUUUCAAUAUUAGAGCUUUGGCGUUUUCAAAAAUGUCAUUGUUUUGGGAUCUGCAUGUAACACUUGAACAUAUGAAGCAUGAGAAGGUAGUUCCCGAUCUUGUGACUUACGGUUCUGUUGUUGAUGCGUACUUGGAUAGAAGUCUGGGACGAAAUUUGGAUUUUGCUUUACAGAAAUUGAAUACAUAUGAUUGUGUUACAAUAGCAACAGAACCCCUUGUGUUUGAGGCCAUGGGGAAAGGGGAUUUCCACUUAAGCUCAGAGGCACGUUUGGAGUUCAGUAAGAAAAAGAAUUGGACAUAUGAGGAGCUUAUCACAAUCUAUCUCAAGAAAUACGUCCGGCGUAAUCAAAUAUUUUGGAACUACUGAUGAUGAAUAGCAUGCUCUGGAAGUUCUGCGCAAUUACAUUGUGCGCAGUUAUUUGAACAAGUAAUCAUGCUCAUCCUUCCUUACUGAAUGCUAAUUUAACUUCACGAAUGUGAAUAAGUAACCUCUGAUAUGCGAGACAUUAAUAUCCACCUCAGACAUGUUGCGAAGUAUGCUAUAAUAUGUGAAACAGAUGAAACAGUUUAUUAAACAUGAUUUGAUCCUGACAAGAUUGAAAUAUUUUAUUCUAUAUCUGUCUCUCUCUCUCUCUCUCUCUCUCUCUCUAGUUCUUCAGAUACUCUGGUAAAAGUGUUUUAUCGGCCACUGGCUGCAGCUCCCCGUUCACUGAUUUUAUCAGAAGGAUAUAACUGGAAGCUGCUGUUUACAAUUCUUUCUUUUUCUUUUUUCUCUUUUUCUUUAGAUCGUCAUUUGUGCUUUUUCUUGGCCACAUUCUUGUCCAGCUCAUUUCAGUUAGUUCACCUGAGUGGCACAAUUUAGUUGCUAGGUUACUGUUCUCUGUUCUAAUUCCAUAGUUUGCUUAAACUCUUUGUUCUUGCUGUUUCUUUUUGCCUGUGGUGCAGCAGAUACCUAAGCUAACAGAAAAUCAAAUAGACACUAAAGAUUAGUAACCUGAAAGAAGACAAACUCCAGCAGGUAUGUGGAAGGGCAGUUUUGUGACAUAUAUAUAUGGACACAAAAUCUGCCUUAGUGUAUUAGGUGGAUUUACACCUGAGUGUUAGUAACACCUAAAAAGUGAAUGCAUGGAAGAAGGAGAUAUGAUGCUUUAAGCAUUAUCAAAAGGAGAUAUGAUGUCUUAAGUCUUAUUUUAAGAACGGUCAUGUCCAUUUCUGUCCUGGAAUUUUACAAAAGAUGUGGUAUGCAUCAACAAUAUGCAUGUAAAGAAUACUCCUUUCUAUGAAGUGUAUCUAAGUGCAUUCAUUAUCCUUGGACAGAAAGAAUAAUUCUCUUUGCAAAAGAAAGAUAUUAUACCUUGAUAUACCACAACAACUACAACUACAACUACAACUACAACUUUGUGUCAAUACUAAUCUAGUUGGGGUUAGCUAUAUUAUUCUUCACUAUCUAUGUCGUGCUCAAUUUAAACUGAUAUCAAUCUAGUAUUUGAAAAGAGGGUUCUCUAGCACUAGAAGUUUCUACAUUUUCUACUGGUAUAUAAAUCUAUAACAAGACUAAGAGACUCCUAGCGAGCGGUGGACUUAAAGCGAAUGUAGCAACAUAAGUAAAACUUAAUCUCGAUUAAUUUGUAUUGUUGCCUACUACAGAUAUUUUUCUUCCACUGUUUUUGUGCCCUAUUUUUCAAUAAGUUUGCAUGGAUUUCAAAAGAUUGCAUGUUUUUUAGACAACUUCCUUCCAUGUGAUUUUAGGUCUAUCUUAUCCCCUUUUGCUACCAUGAAUCAUCAUGGUUUCACACAUAUGGACCAGUGCAUCUCGAGGUCAAUGGAGAACAUUGAACAAAACUGAAGCGACCUUUUUAUCCUCUUGUGCGCUACUUCCACCUUCUGCCAAUGUCAUCAUCUUUAAUCUUGUUUAAUCUUGUAUGACUGUACAUCCACCUUAACAUUUGCAUUCUCUGUCAUUUGCCAUGGAAGUGGAAGGAGAAUAGCAUUCUGGAUUGAUAAGUGGAUUUGCUAUGAACCACUAAGACAGAUAUGCUGAAAUCUUCAGACUAUACUUACAGCAUGAGGCUACAAUUAGUGAAGUAUGGAGUCAAUAUGGAUGGAAUUUACCUUCAGGAGAGCUCUAAAUGACUGGGAACAGGGAGAGUGAUUGGAUUAUUUCAUAACUUUGGAGGUAUUUAAAGGAAGCAAUGAAAACGAAGAUGCUAUGAUUUGGAAAGGUACAAGCAAGAAGUAUAAACAGUUAGAGAUAUGUCUUUUUCAGCAGUACUGGACAACAGGAUACAAAAUGGCCAUGGAAACAAAUCUUGAAAGUCAAGAUAACAUAUAAAGUAAACUGCUUUUCUUGGUUAGUUGCAAGGAGGGCCUGUUUAACUCAAGAAAAUCUGUAAAGAAAUGGUACACAGCUAACUCCAAGAUGUUUCCUAUGCAAAGCUGAAUCUGAAACCAAUAGUCAUCUCUUUCUUCAUUGCAACUUUACAUCUCAACUGGGGCAGCUGUUUCUGGCCCUGGUAAACCGGAAAUGGUAAUGCCAGGAAACACAUAUGAUCUGCUGAAAUCCUGGAAUUAUGUUGGUGGAACUGUCAGACAAAAAUGGUGGAGGGCUUUACCAGUAUUUGGUGGACUGUUUGGAAGAAAAGAAAUAGUAGAUGUUUUUGAAGACAAGAGUAGCUCCAUUCAAAAAGUUAAGAUGAACUGUAUUAUAAGUUUCAAUUUUUGGUGUAAAGAAUUUUGUGUAGAAGAAUGCAGAAUAUAUUUUACAGUUUUUGGAAGCCUUGUAAAUUGUACAAGGUAUGGAUGUAAUUUUUAAAUACAGCUACCAGCACAAGGUUUGUGCUGAGGAAUAUACUGUUAUCAUUUUUUUUUUUGA